UGUCUACAACAUAUACUCCAAAACAUACGCUUAUUUUAGGACUCCAUAGGAUUCGAGAUUCUUCUUCUUUUAACAAGGCUUUACUUGUUUGAUCCGGAUAUUCAAUUGUUGAUCCCUGCGAUUGAAGUGUGUGCGCUUAGGGUUUUUAGUGCGUUUCAAUGGCAUCUUUAGUUUGCAUGCUUGAAACUGAAUACCCGGAAUCCGAUGCGAUACAGAUCAUACCGGCGUAUUCGGGAGUCAGAGACGAAAAGCAAGCUAUUACUUUAAAUUCUAAGAAACCGACGAAUGUAAGCGCUACGAAAUUUCAUAACCAAAAUAUCAGAUGCCGCCUGGGUAUAUCGUUGUUGAUUUUCAAGAAUAGUCACUUCACAGGAGAGGCACUAACUCCAGAUGAUUUCAUCGAUUACGUUGUAAUUGUUGUUAAACCAGAGAAUGGAAAGGUGGCUACCUUUGGAAAGCUACCAAAACACAGCGACUUCUUCUGGAGUAUUUGCGGGCUGGGCUUCCUACUGUCCAGGAAAUAUUCAUCGAGGCCUCUGGUGCGGAUUACUCAAUACUAUCAGCAAGGCUUGAUGCAGAAGGAAGAAACGACAUGCGUCCGAGGGAGAAGCAAGAUGCUGCUUAUCGAGCAGCACUUGAAGCUGAUCUAGUACGUUGCUUUUAGCUUUUUGGUCAUUGCUUUAUUUUAUCCUGAAAAGGGUCUUGAUGUAACUCAAGUAAUCCCCUCCUGUUUCAACUUGCUCUAAAUUAAUUAUUAUUAUUUUUUUUUGUAAAAAACAGGCCAAUUUAACUGACCAUAACAGGGUCCAACCCCUUGACAUCUUACUGAAAAAGCCGUUAUUUUUGCUAUACAAAGAUCAUAUUGACUUGUAUAAAUUGAUGUCCUCUUUGGAACAAACUCAUCCAUUUCACGGCCAUUGUAUGUCACUCUCCCCAACACCUAUAGUAUGCAUAAACAAUAUAAGAUUACAAGAGCCUUACCUAAAAUAUAUGUAUAUACACAUUCACAUACAUGCACACACACGCGAGCGUAUAAAAAGAUAAGCGGAUGAGACUUAUGAAAAAAACAAAAGAAGAUGAGCAGCUGAAGCAAAUCUGGGAAUUAGUUAAAGGACAUUUAUUAUUAUUAUUAUUAUUUUAUUUUUUACUUUUAGAUCUGAACCAAGUUUUCCAGCCAGAGCUAGCAGCAGUUUGGUUUUUCCUGAUCUUGGUGGGCCUGGAAGCAAAGCCAUUCUGCGAAAAUGAUUAAAUAAAAUGAGAAGCUAAGAGAGUUCGUUAGGGACAAUUAUAGUAUCUUGUCAUCUCUACCUGCCAGGCUUAAUGCCCACUGACAUCAUGAAGGAGGCAAUACUCUACUGCCAACAUACGCUUCUGCUUCAACAUUUAAAUGCUCAAACCGAACUUCAAUUUCCAUCUCGGCAUUUUUUAAAAACAAGUAAAACCUAAGUGAUUAAAUUAUUAAAGAAUGCUUCAGGAAAAAAAAAAAA